AUGCCUCACGCCUCAUAUCCCGAUAUUGCGCCCCCAGGGCUGCAAGCCAUCAUAUUAUGCGGUCCUGGAUCAUCUUUUCCGACAUUCACUGUGGGAGAGACUCCUAAAGCUCUUCUCCCCGUUGCCAAUAGACCUAUGGUGUGGUAUCCCAUAGACUUUUGUUAUCGAAUGGGCAUUACAAAUAUCACAAUUAUCACACCUCCAUCUAGUGAAGUAGCUCUCACAAAAGCCUUCAAUAUCAAUCCACAUCUCACAAACUUGGAUCUCUCAAAACCAAUUCUUGCGCCAAAAGACCUCACUCUUACCACGGGAACUGCUCAGAUAUUACGGCUUCCGGAAGUUCAAGCCAUCAUCAAAGGGGAUUUUGUUAUCUUACCAUGUGACUUGGUCUGUGAUUUCGAAGGUCAGAGGCUUCUCGAAGUGUGGAUGCGUAGCAAUAUCGGUAUCGGUGAUGCUACCGGUGCUGGAGCAGAUUCGAACGGUUUUGAUGAGGAGACUCAUCGUAAAGGUGGUUUGGGUGUCUGGUAUGAUACCAAGGGGGAGACGGUCAUCAAAGGCGAAGAAACUGAUUUUAUCGCCACCGCACCGCUUGAAAGUAGCAUCAUACCACCAGCCAAAAAGUCCAUCGCAUCAUACGUUUCGAACCUAGUAUACUCACUCCCUACAGAUACCCUUAAAGAUGUCACAACGUCAAAGAACAGUCUUGCUAUAAGACAUGGUUUAUUGCGAGCUCAUCCUAGGAUCAAAAUGAGAAGCUCUCAUCGAGAUGCCCAUAUUUACAUAUUUCCAAGAUGGGUGGUCGAUAUGGUCAACAGCAAUGAGCAUAUGGACAGUAUUGGAGAAGAUGUAAUUGGUUGGUGGGCAAAGGCAGAAUGGCAGGUUGGACUUGCAAACAAACUUGGAUUUGAAGAUGGAUUCAACUUGGCUGCUUCAGCUCACGCCGAUGACUCGUCUUCAGAUCACACGUCUCGAAACGAUGGAGAGUUUCAUAGCAAGAGCAGUACCUGGACGUCUGAUCUUCAAAAUUCCCUACCGAGCCAGAAUGCCAAGCCUGACGUCCCCCGAUUCCUCGCAUACAUACAUCCAAAAUCUCCAGAAUCAGGAGCUGCGCAAUUGAUCAGAAGAGUCGAUACAGCGCCUCUGCUCCUCUCGGUGUCGCUUCAGUUGGCGAAACUCGAGGCGAUUGACACAGCGGGUCGUGAUGCCGCCCCCUUUGCACAUUCAAGCAAGGUGAUAUACCCCGAAGGUAUUGCUCAAAGAACAACGGUCACCAGACCCGAUUGCCUCCUUGCAGAGAAUGUAAAAGUUGAAGAGAAAUGUUCAAUCAAGGAAUGUGUUGUGGGCGCCAAUUGUCACAUUAAGGAAGGGGCGAAACUAGUGAAAUGCGUGCUUAUGGAGGGCGUCGUUGUCGGUAAGGGCUGUAAAUUGAAUGGAUGCAUCUUGGGACGGAACAGUGUUAUCGGGCAGGACUCGAGAAUUGACUAA